UAGUCCUGUCUAACUUGCUGUUUCAUGGCCAAAUUAGUACUUUAUUCAAUAAUCAAUAAGAUGAACAUACACAGUACAUUCUCCAUCACACCCCAGUCCAUCUAAAGCAGCAGCGUGGUGGGCAUAUCAGUGUAGUGGGGGGACUUGAUGGACUUCACUGAGAAGAAGGCUUUACAUUAUAGACUUGAAGUGGGUGGAAACUAUCCCAUCUGGUAUCUAGUAGUUUCACAAGCAGGAGGAAUCUGGAAUUAAACCUAUUUUGAAAUACCUAGUUUCUUAAGUAUUCCAGAGAAAUUGACAUCCAGCCCUUUAUUACUUUGGCUUAUUUCAUAUGAUGGCUCCUUCCUAACUAUUUCGGGGGAGAUGAAGGGAAAAAAACAACUUGGUGCACCAGUUCCAAGGCCACCGGAGGUUUGCAGCCGCCCAUCGCCCGCCCAGUAGUCUUCAGAUCCCGAGGCAGGCCCCGCCUACAUACAUACCGGAAGAGUCACGCCCCUGGAAAUGCGUCGCGUCGUCGCGUCGUCGCGUCGUCGCGCACGCGCUCUCCAGUCUCCCUUGACCUCUGACCCACCGGCAGCCCCAGCGCUGGUCCCACUGGGUCCGGGAGCGGCACCCGGCCCUGUGAGGCGGAGCGGCCGCCAUGGCCAAGUACCUGGCCCAGAUCAUUGUGAUGGGUGUGCAGGUGGUGGGCAGAGCCUUUGCCCGGGCCCUGAGGCAGGAGUUUGCAGAAGGUCUAGGGGAAGCUCUGGGCCACCAAGGGGGCUAAGCAGUCACCAAUGUGUUAACAGCAAGCCAGGCAGCUGCUGAUGCUCGGGGUCGUGCUGGGCACCAGUCUGCAGCUGCAUCCAACCUCUCCGGCCUC